AUGAUGAUAAUAAUAAUAAUAAUAAUAAUAAUGAUAAUAAUAAUAAUAAUAAUUAUGAUAAUUAUAAAGUUAAUAAAAAACGAGAACUACCUACAUCAAUUUCAUCUAUAAAACAACAAUCAAAUUUCAAUCGAAAUGAUCAAAACCAAUUUAUUUCUUAUGAAAAAGAUGGUGAUGCUUUUCGUAAAAUUUUUCGUUCACUUCUUGAUAAUAAAACUAAUGAACAGAUGAAAAAUUCGAAAUUAAAAGAAAAAGAAAAAUCAAAAUCUCGACAAAAAUUAUUAACUAUUGAAAAACAUUUAAUUGAUUUAAUGAAUCGAAAUGGAGAACGAAAAUUAAAACAAGAACAAGAAAAAGAAAAAGAAAAAGAAAAAGUAAAAGAAAAAGAAAAUAAAUGGAUUAAAGAACAUUUUGAUUCAAUACCAAAUGAUUCGAAUAUUACAACAUCAUCAUCAUCAUUAACAAAUUUAUUUAACGAAACAGACUCAUCAUCAAUUAAAAUAAAUGAUGAAUUAUUAUUAAAAUGUGAAACAAAGAAACAAUUACAAGAUUUUGUUACAAAACAUAUUUUUGGAAUUGAAAAUGAUGAUAAUAAUAAAAAAUCUUCUUCUUCUUCUGAUACUUUUAAUUCUACUAAUUCAAAACUUGUAGUAGAUGAUUUUAAUAGAUUAUUUCCUUUCAAGUAUGCAAAUUUAUUAAAACAAUCAAUUUUAGCAUGUAAAAAAUUUAAAGAUCCUUAUUUAGCUUUAUCAAUAUUUGAACAAGUGAAAAGAAGAGGUUCAUUAUCUUAUCAAUUAGGUUGUACUACUAAAGUAUAUAAUCAAAUUUUAUUAAUUAGAUGGGAAUUUUGGAAAGAUUUAAAAGGUAUCGAAAAUUUAUUAAAUGAAAUGAUUGAAAAUAAAAUUUCAUUUGAUAAAGAAACUUCUGAUAUUAUUGUUAGUAUUGAAUUAGAAGUUAUUUCACAUAAUAAUUUAAAAAGAUGGGAUUCAUUUGAUAAGAAAUCUUAUAAUAGCAUUAUAAAAUUAUUUGAAAAUAAAGAGUAUAAAUUUCAAACUUUGUAAUGAUUAUCUAGAAUUUUUGAAGAUCAGUUACACAAAAGCUAAUAAAUUUGAUCGACACCCUUUUCUUUCAAAU